AUGUACGAGCUGGGAUCAUUGCUUUGUAUUGACGACGCAGCGAAACUCCCAAACCAUUUUGUCACUGACAUUGAGAAGAUUGUUCAAGACUGUGUUUUGCUAUGUCCCGAUGGCGUGGCUGAUGCCCUUCCAGGCGAAGUUCUCCACGACGCUGGCCAGAAUCCCAUCGUUGCUUCUUCCAUUGGCAAGUCGCAACACACCCAGGUUUCGAAGGCCUCCGUAGAGGAUUUUCCGCUGAUGAAACAGCAGCAGUCGCCACGGUGGUGUUCGAAACUGGACGCAUUUGUGGACAUUGUUCAGGUAGGGAAGGACAAAGAUGCGUUCUUCGUUUGCGUGCGGACAAGGACACCAAAUUCAAAGCCUGUCUUGGACUUCUUGGUUCAACUGCGUCUUGAAUACCUCAGAAGCUUUGGCCGUGCAGUGGACUUCAACUGUACCUGUCAUGCUUCUGUUACUGGGGAGUACUAUGUGAAUUUGGCACCUGUUGCCUGCAUGCGGAAGAUCAAAGUCCCUGUCGGAGAGGGCUGCUUAGGUUUAGACUUCGACUAUCUGAAUCCUGAACUCCGAGAGACAGUAACGCAACGUGGCCUUCCUGUGGCUACAGUGGACUCAUCACAGGGAAAAGGAAAUCUGCAUGCAAGUUCAGCAGAAUGCUGGAGAGGUUGCUUGGAAGGGCGAUCUGUUCUGACUCGAUUGUACGACUUCAAUCGAAAACCUGGAUCUUUGCCUAUCGCGCAACGCAUGAUUGCGAAGCUGUUUCAAUAG